GAAAGCCCAUAACACUCCAACCACUAUAAUUUCAUCGCCUAGUAGCAGAAACCCUAGGGAGGCCUGUUAUACACUUAUACUACUAUCUAAAGGCUGAAGGUUCCGUGAAGAAGUCCCUUUUGCGGCAGGCGGAAGAUCGGCGAAGAAGUUCCAAUGGGAAGAAGGCCAGCAAGGUGUUACCGCCAGAUUAAAAACAAGCCAUACCCAAAGUCAAGGUACUGCCGUGGUGUGCCUGACCCAAAGAUUAGAAUAUACGAUGUGGGAAUGAAAAAAAAGGGAGUUGAUGAGUUCCCCUUCUGCGUACAUUUGGUCAGUUGGGAGAAGGAGAAUGUCUCGAGUGAGGCCCUUGAAGCUGCUCGAAUUGCUUGCAACAAGUACAUGACCAAGUUUGCAGGAAAAGAUGCCUUCCACCUUAGGGUUAGGGUUCACCCUUUCCAUGUCCUUCGUAUUAAUAAGAUGUUAUCGUGUGCUGGGGCUGAUAGGCUCCAAACGGGAAUGAGGGGGGCAUUUGGAAAGCCACAGGGUGUCUGUGCCCGUGUUGCCAUUGGACAGGUUCUUCUGUCCGUUCGCUGCAAGGAUUCCAACAGUCAAAAUGCACAGGAGGCUUUGCGUCGUGCCAAGUUUAAGUUCCCUGGUCGCCAAAAGAUCAUUGUUAGCAGAAAAUGGGGGUUCACAAAGUUCAACCGUACUGAUUAUCUGAACUACAAGAAGGAAGGCCGCAUUGUGCCUGAUGGUGUCAAUGCUAAGGUUUAAUCAUAUUCCUUUGUGCUAAACUAUCCUUUUUAUUCAAAUUUCAUGUUAAUGAGAUAACUGAGAUGAGAAGUAACUUUGCACUUCUUUUUUUUGUGUUUUAUAGCUUUUGGGAUGUCACGGACCUCUUGCAAAACGCCAGCCUGGAAGAGCAUUUAUUGAUGCAGCAGCUUAAACAUUUUGUUUUGUUUCACAAGACUCUUGAGCAAAGUCUAUCCUUAUGGCAUGCUAUGAUUUUAUUUCAUUCGAGCAAGUAUAUCAGGACAUCACUUUAUGAAUUUUUGUCUUUAGUGGGUUGGUGUUUGUUUCACCGUUUUAAAUACUUCGAUGCGUUUGCUAGUUAUCAUAUUAAUGUUGGAAUAUCUAUGUUGGAACUAAUAUGCAAUCAUUUAUAAUGCAAGACUAAAUGUAGUCUCUACUCUGUAGUCUUCACUUUACAAAGAUAUACCCAUUUCUGAAGUGUAUAAAACUAAACUUAAAGAGUGAAUCUUUUUAAAUUAUUAGUAGGUAUUUGUAUUCUCGCUUUUAUUCAGUAGGUCUUUAUAAUUUAUCUA